UCUCUAUGAAAAUUACAGAAGGAAUAACAAUUUAAGAAUUUAAAUGUCAUUAAAUUUAAUAUUGUUUUAAUGAAAUUUUGGACAUAUUCAUUCAAGGUCAUUUCACAAUCAUGAGAACACCAUUUUCGAAGAAUCGUUGUUGACCUUGUUUAAAUAAAUAAAUCCUAAACUGCGUAUGUAUUUUGAAAAAAAAAUUGAAUGCUGUUUCUGAUAGCAAUGAAAAAACGGAAUCAAAACAAUUCAAAUAAUCAUUUAACUCCGACACAGAGCCUCCUAAUUUACUUUGAUAAGAAUCGAAGAAUGGAUAUAAAAAAGAAUCUCUGCUCUGUCAGGGUGAGAAGGAAAUUUCGAAUAAAAACUUGGCGUAACAAAUUGAAAUCUCUGUCACCUUAGCUGAAAAGAAUCCGUCACACUUGAAAGAACAAUUUACAGCUCACGAAUUGGUAAACAAUGCAUUCAGUUUAUAUCUGUGAACUAGAAUGGUAUAAAUUGAAACUCUCACUUUUGUGUCGUCAAUCUGACCUUUUUUCUGCAACGAAAGGCAAAAUGAGUUUCGUCACUUUUCUCUCUCUGCAAAUUUUGUUGAUAUCCGGAUGUGUUUUUGGAGCACCCGAGUCGUCCGAAUCCGAAGAGAUAAGUGCCGAAGACAUGAAAAUCCUUCUAUGUGAUGAAAAAAAUGCUGAUGUUUCGAAGAUCAUAGUGGGUUGUUUUGAUGAAAUGAGUAUUCCAGAGUAUGCACCCAUCAUCAAACAAUGUUACGAUGGAUUAAAUGGUGAAAUUAACGGCCAAAUGAUGAAAGACUGGUAUUGCGCACAUAACACUGACGAAAUAAUGAAAGCUGAUGAGUGUUCUGACCAAUUGAUAAUAGCAGAGAAAGGAGAAGAGUUCUUAAAAGAAGCUGCAGAUCAACUCGGGGAAUGUGUGGAAAGUAAACUUCCUAGUGAUAAGAGAAGAAAAUAACUCAUAAAUGCAUCAAUACAAAGAGGUCUAAUGGCAUAUAGUUAAAUAUAUAUAUUUUUUUAUAUUAUAGCUUCAUAGAUUUAUUAGCUUUCGCUUGUUUAUAAAGCUUGAAUAAAGGUUAUUUCAGCAUUUUGAA